CGUGGUUGCUGCUCUGCUGCGCGAAUUCAACCAGCCAUUUGGCUCACGGGAAAGCCCCGUUCGGCGGGGCAUCGCGCACGGGCGGGCGCACGACGAGGAGGGUCGGACGAUGGCACCGCAGGCGCAGGAGCCGCACGGAGACCGCGCGCGGUGCGGCGCCCGCCAGAUGCAGCAACCCCAGUACCCCACGCCGCGCGUGCCUUCCGCGCGCGGCAGGGCGGGGCGGCGCGGCGGCUGCGUCCCCACCGCGGAGACGCCACGCCGAUCAGACGUCGCCACGGAGACGGGCAGUUCGGCUCGUCGCGUUCGUGCUGCCGUGGCGCGCCAGGACCUAGCGCGUGACCGCGACGAUCGACCGAGGUAACGCCCCGUCGACGGCAUUAGCCUCUCCCGGAGGGAACCGCCCCCCGCCCAGCGCCCACUGCUCCUGCUGGUCCGUCCCUGGCAGUGGCACGAAGCCUGGCUGGUUCGGCCGUCGCGUCGCGUGGCCGGGUCGCCAUCGCCUCGGACUAAAAUUCCGUUUGACCUGGCGCGUACGUACGUAUCAGACGAUGACACGUACUGCCGACGGCCUCAUUGCGCCGGCGAGUCGCGAGUCGCGAGUGCAUGAUUGCGCCGCCCGUUCCUCCACAGCACAGUAGCGCGCUGCUGCAUGCAGUAGCCAUGGACGGAGGAUCGACAUGGACCGAGUCUCUCUACUCUCUACAUGGCUGUUGCCCAGAAACGCUCGGUUCGGGACGGAAACUGGACAGCAGGCAGGCAGGCAGGCCGGCCGGCCGGUCUGCGAUGUGUACCGCCGCCGGUACUCGGCAGACAUUACGCAGCGCGUGCGUGCUCCGGCUGCACUGCACUGCACUGCACCCCGGCCCCUACGUACCGGCGAGCAGUUAAUGGAGAAACAUGCCGUGUCGGCCAGACUGGGCAACCCGACCCACCAGCGCGGCCUGGCCAUGCCCAUGGGCAGGGACACGGACACGGUUGGCUUUGGCUUGGCUGCCUGAUUUCCUUUUUUACUGUUUCUGUAACACCCACUUUGUAUUUGCUAGAGAUAAUACCAAUAGAGAAACAAUUUCUUUUUA